AUGUGGCACGGAUCCACAGCCGAGCUCAGUGUUUUCCAAGUCCAGCUCGAUGCUGUUCUUAAAGGUGUUGCGCCUUCGGCUUUUCCAGAGUUGAUUCAGGUAUCGGAGCAACAAUUUCGUCACCAUUCCAAAUUGUGGAUGCAGAAGCAGAGCGCAAGCUACGGUAAGUGGCUAAAGCAGGCUUCUUGUAAAGGCUUGCGUGGCCUUUUUACCAGUGUUAAAGCGGAGGAAGCUGUCCAGCUGCGCCCUUUCUUGCACCAGCCUGUGCAGGAUCGCAUCUAUCUUAGGUGGAGGCAGUGGUUUGAGCUUUGGUCCGCGCCGGGUGGGGUCGACCCGGCGCUCCUCAGUGAUCUCAGGCAACGUGCCCGAAUGCAGGCCAAGGAGCUUGGGCCAAUUCCCCUAGAUCAGGCGGUUGCGGCGUUCAAGCGAGUGCCCAGCAAAGCACCAGGUAUAGACGGGUGGACUUUUGAGGUGUUAAAAAACUUGCAGCGACCGGCUGUUGCAUCCAUCAUUUCAUUUCUUCACCACUGUGAAACUGAGGCCACUUGGCCUGCCCAGAUGGUGUUUGCACUUAUUGCCCUCCUCCCAAAAAGCGAGAAGCGGGAGAGACCAAUUGCUCUAUUGCACGUGCUUUACCGCACUUGGGUGCGCAUGAGGUGGAAAUUGGUCUCUGAUUGGCAAUUCCAGUACUGUAAAGCCGCGGUCUGGGAUAAGGCAAUGCCUGGAAGUCAAGUGCUGGACGUCGCUUUGGGACGCUUACUUAGAGGCGAGGCUGCUAGACAGUCCGGUCAGCACUUAGUUACAAUUUUCAUUGACAUGGAGACUUUCUAUGAUAGAUGCCGUUUUAACGAUGUCAUUUCUUCUGGCCUUUCUUUGGGGUACCCUCCCCUGGUAUUGCACCAGGCCCUUCUUACGUACAUGGGCCCGCGUUUUCUUCAAUCUGAAGGGUCUUUGUGCCCGGCCAUUAUUCCCACGAAGGGGGUCCUGGCUGGGUGCCCGGCCGCCCCUUCUAUCAGCAAACUUGUUGUGCACCCCAUUGCAGUUGCGGCCACUUCCAAGCGUGCGACAUCCAAUUUGGACGUAUGGAUAGAUGAUCUGUCCCUUGACUGUGUCGGUGCCUCGGCCAAGCAGAUUGCCUCAGACGCUGUGCUGCUGUUUCGAAGCCUGCGUACCAGCAUCGAGGCAAAUGGUGCCCGUGACCACCGCGCGGCAUGUGUUGCUUGGGCCAUUGCGGCGUAUGAGCUUUCACCGGCUGCCUUUGAGCUCUUUGGUCGUGUCUCCGGUGCUUUCGACUUGACGGUGGACUGCAUCCCUGAAUGGCGGCGUUUGCUGAACGAGGAUGUUGUUGAAGCUGAUACGAGCCGGUCCAUUGAGGAAUCCUUUGAGGCCAAAGAGUCAAUCCCUGCGGAGGUUGUGCAGCAAGGACACAUCCAAACAGACCCGUUUGUCGUUUCGGUGAGCUUCUUUCUCGGGCUGUUUCGAGGGUCGAUCCUCCUCUUGCCGAGUGCACUUCUAGAGCUUGGAAGUGGGCACCACUCCUUGCUUGCUUUCUACAGUCGAGUCAGGGGAAAAUACCCACUGUGCGUACUGCGGCAGAAACUGGCAGAAGACGGUCGCACCAAAGGCAAGGGUAAAGGAGAAGGCAAGGGUUCCAAGAACCCUCCAGGUGGCAAAGUCGGCGCGGUACUUGCGGGUCUUUGGAAAGACCUUCCCGAGGCUGCACAGAAAGCCUUCCAGGAGGUCGGGUACAGCCCACCUCGGCCGAAAGGGCCACCGCCCCCCCCGCCAGGACUGGACCUUCAGUCCCUUCUUAAGGGCAGGAUGACUGAGAAGGAGUACAACGCUGCCAGGGCCGUGGUUUACGCCGGGGCAGGGCUCCACGUCCAGACCCUGUUGGAGGCCGCGGGAAUCCCCCCUCCGCCAGAUGAGGACCUCGACCAGCCACCAAUGAAGAAUCUGGUCGAGAAGAAGGCCAAGCUCCAGGCUCGAGCGGACAAGCUCAAGCAGGAACUGGAAAAGCUUAUUGGGGACGUGGACCAGGUUGAUAAGGACAUCAAGGCCAAGGAUGUCGAGAUCCAGGAGACGGCCAAGGCUUUCAAAGAGAUGACGGCGGACUCCACCAGCACCGCUUUCAGCGCUCUGGAGGCGGUCCUCUCGGAGGCCGGCCAUGAGCUCAAUGAGGCCACCCGGGCCAAGAUGAAGGCUGCCCUGGUCGGAAAGGAGGACCUCCCUCCGGACCCUUUCAUUGUGAAUUUCCGAGGGCAUGAUGAGUACUUCCCUCGGGAGAUGCCCCCCAUGUACGGCCCUGCCCGCACCGACCCGCAUGGGAAGCGUCCCACACCUUUGGAAGGGACGAAGCCAGAGGGAGCCGCAGGCAGCGACAACCCUGAAUAG